CUGCUGCUGGCUGCACUGCUGUGCCUGCAGUUGGUGUCGGCCGUCUCGGACAGCGACACCACCGCCACAGUCAAGACGAUCUUCGACUCGAGCGAUGGCAUGGACAUCAACGGCGUCGUGCUGGCCAUCGGCGCUCUUCUGGUGGGCGCCCUACUGGUAGUAGCAGGCUACCGACUGUGGCAGACCACCGUGUACGCGCUGGGCUUCCUCGGCGGCGGCGUGGUCAUCGCCGUCAUCUUCGAGAAGGUCUUCAAGGACGAGACGUGGGUGCUCACGGCCUCGUGGAUCGCCUUCGUGGUGGGCGGCAUCAUUGUCGGCUACGUCUGCGUGUACCUGUACUGGGCCGGCAUCUUCAUGGGCGGCGCGGUGGGCGGCGCGGCGCUCGCCAUCCUCCUCAAUACGUCGUUCGGCUACAAGUUGGCCCCGUCUCACCCGGCCACGGUGCUCAUCGUGCUGGUCGCCGUCUUCGCCGUUGUCGGCGGCGCUGCGGCGCUCUGGCUGCAGAAGCCGGCUCUGGUCGCCGGCACGAGCAUGGUUGGCGCCUUCCUGCUCUUCUGGGGCAUCGGCUACUUCGCCGGCAACUACCCGACGUUCAACGACCUGGAGCGCUUCCGAGUGUACAACUCGAGCGGCGAGCUCGAGUACUCCAUCCCCGGCGCGUGGUGGGGCUACUUCAUUGGUACUUUGGUUGUGUUUGGGCUCUCGAUGGUGCUCCAGACCCGCUUCACGGGCAAGGACAUCGACUACCACACGCUGGGCCGCCGCGGCUCGGAGGAGAUGGACGUGCUGCCUCGUCACGGCGCCAUGACGCCGGCCAGAGUGCAGUACACCAACAUGGGCACGCCUGCCAUGCGGGCGCAGUAUCCGCAGCAGCAGCAGCCAGAGUGCCAACCUCAGCAGCAGCCGUUCGGGCAGCAACGCUACCCGACAUCCAACCAGGUUCGAUGGGAGGACCUCCAGGACCAGCAGCCCACGCAGCAGAACGCGAGCGAAAGCACAGCGAGGACGACCCAGCCACAGAGCUACGCGGACACGUCGAUGGUGCAGCCGCAGUACCAGCAGCGUGAGCACGACUACCAGAUCUCCGAUAUCGUCCCCACUACGGCCCGACCGGAGUACCGCGUCGAUCCAUCCACGCCGCCAGCAGCGGCCCCCAGCGCGCCC